AUGACUAGAGACCAAAAAUACGAUUAUGAUUCCCUACCGAUCCCAUCCUACGAGGAGGCCACCGCCGACCGCCCAAGCUCGUCCCGAACCCAUCUCGCUGGCGAUGUGACCGACGAUCCGGCCACGGAAGGCCAGGCCCUGCUUCACGAUGCCCGUGAGGCCGCUGCCCGCGACGGGCCUCAGUCCCGACCUCACGGCUACCACCCUCCUACCGUCGAGUCUGCUCGGAAUAGCGUCGAUGACCUAUACUCUUCACCUGCCGCUUCGGAAAGGGGUUCGCUGGAGGAGUUGCGCGGGGAGCUCGAUCAGAUGGAUGUUGAAGAUGGCAGCCAACAAAGCUCACGUUCGCGAUUACGGUCUCGGCUAUCAAAACCGUUCAGUAAUCUGAGCAGGACGCUAUCGUCGAUACAUCUGCCCUUUCGUCGGUUCCUACCUAAUUUCAAAUUCACCAUUAACCUGAACUCAGCCCGGACGAGCUUCAAUAACAAUGGAUGCAUCAUCAUGCUUCGCUUGUUUGGGUUAUUACUUGUCGUCGCCAUCAUAUACCUCUUCGUUGUCUCGGAUAUCUUUAACUUCAAUUCACGAUUCAUGAUGGGCCAGACUUAUAGCGCGGCAUCAGUGGAGAAUUUUGUCCAGGGCCAUAUCAACGAGACUAAUAUCGCGGAAAACCUGAGGAGGAUAACGGAGUUCCCACACAUGGCGGGUACCGAGGGAAGCUACGUGCUUGCGGAAUGGAUACAGGGAGAAUUUGAGCUCGCAGGCUUGGAGACGAUCGAAAUGGAGGAGUACGAAGUGUAUCUGAAUUACCCGAAGGAGGAUGGACGGCGCAUAGCCAUUGUUGAUCCGCCAGAUCUUAAGUGGGAGGCUAUUCUUGAGGAAAAGGACGGCGAGACACCGGUAUUCCACGGGCACUCGAAAUCGGGGAAUGUCACGGGUCACCUCAUUUAUGCAAACUAUGGAUCUCGGGCAGAUUUUCAACAUUUGGAGGACCAAGGGAUCAAUCUCAAGGGCUCCAUCGCUCUUGUUCGGUACUAUGGGACCGAGUCAGAUCGCGCUCUGAAGGUCAAAGCCGCUGAGCUUGCCGGUGCGGCGGGCUGUAUUAUCUACUCCGACCCGUCGAAUGAUGGGUUUGUACGAGGCCCGGCAUACCCGAAGGGUCGCUAUAUGCCCGCUGAUGGCGUCCAAAGAGGCGCCGUGAGCCAAAUGUCGUACGUGGUUGGGGAUGUCCUCUCUCCAGGAUUUGCGUCAACGCCGAAAAUGAAAACGAGGUUAAGUCUCGAGCAGACAACAGGCAUGCCGGGUAUUCCUAGUCUCCCUUUAGCUUGGCGCGACGCUCAAAGGCUUUUGCAGGUGCUCGAGGGCCAUGGCUCAAAGGUACCGAAGGAGUGGGUUGGCGGCGUUCCCAAGGUCAAGCAAUGGUGGACAGGCGACGACAAAUCGCCUAUCGUGAAUUUGAUGAAUAUUCAGGAUGAAGUGGACCGACAGCCUAUUUACAAUGUUAUAGGAAGGAUUCACGGGAUUGAAGAGCCGGAAAAGAAGAUCAUUGUCGGCAACCAUCGCGACUCUUGGUGUUUGGGAAGCGCAGACCCAGGCAGUGGGACCGCUGUUUUCUUGGAGCUUGUACGUGUCUUUGGCGAACUCCUAACAUUUGGCUGGCGACCAUUACGCACGAUCGAGUUUGCCAGCUGGGAUGCAGAGGAAUAUAACUUGAUCGGUUCUACGGAGCAUGUGGAGGAUGCUAUGGACAAUCUCCACGGAAAUGCUUACGCGUAUAUCAAUGUUGACGUCGGUGUGAGUGGCACGGACUUCGAAGCGUCUGGAUGCCCUCUUUACGAGCGCGUUGUCAUGCAAGUUUUAGGCCGGAUUUCGGAUCCCGUCACAAAUGAGACCUUGAAAGACAUUUGGUUACAGAAGAACAAGCGAUUUGCACCUCUAGGAGCUGGAAGUGAUUAUGUCGCUUUCCAAGAUCUUGCUGGAAUCUCCAGUAUAGACUUUGGAUUCACCGGAGAGCCAUUUCCCUACCAUAGUUGCCACGAGAACUUUGACUGGAUGGUAAAGUUUGGAGACCCUGGAUUCCAGUAUCACAAGAUUCUGGGCCAAUUCUGGGGCUUGCUGCUUCUCCAGUUUGCGGACAACCCGAUUUUACCGUACGACGUGGAGGUCUACGCAGAGCAUCUGGCCGGUUAUGUCAUUGACCUGGAAAGCUACGCAAAAUCCAAGAAUGUGCCCAUUGACAACAACGCAUCAGGAGAUUCCUCCGUUAACCUGUCGCCCCUGUAUAACGCCACCUCGAAACUUCGAGCGGACGCAGCGCAGUUCCAGCUGUGGCCGAAAUUGUGGCACGACGCCGUAUGGGGAGCCGGCGGUUUUGAGAACAAUAUCAUAGCGCUGCAGCGCAUGUCGCACAAUUUCCGGAUGGCUAAGCUCGACGUCCACCUGCUGGAUGAUCGAUAUGGCGGCGGAAUACCCAACCGCACGCAAUUCAAGCACGUCGUCUUUGGCCCUCAGCUCUGGUCCGGCUAUGACGCAGCCAUCUUUCCAGCUAUCCAAGACAGCCUCGAAACGAGGAACUGGACCCUGACGCAGGAAUGGGUCGACCGUAUUGCCGGUCUUAUCAUCGACGCGGGCGACAAGUUAUUACAUGACGAUUGA